UUGGGCCGAAGUUCAGCGAGUUUUUAGAUCCGCCGCGGCAGCGUCACUCAUCGCUUCCCCGCUCAUAAUUUGCGUCAGGCUCUUCUGCCACUAGCUUCCCGCUUCUCUAAAUGCUACUCCUAACUCUCGUCUAUUGCAGCCAUGGCUUUUUAAAUCUCAAUCGGAGUGUAGAUCAUGGACGCUCACAGCCCGCUGACAGUCUCCUUCAGCAACAACGCGUCAAUCGCGGGCCAAAUAAAGUCAUUGGCAACGUAAGGCCCCGGGAAUCCCAGCCGUCCACCGUAACGAACAACCGACAAGAUCAGCAGCGCGAGCGGCAAUAAAUCUCAUCGACGCCCUUGGCGUCAAGAGUCCAGCACAAACGUGCGAGCAACGGGGUUUCGGGGAACGGGAAGCGGAGCUGGAACGUGGGUGCUCCCGCGAGGUUUUGAUACGUCAGCGCACCGCAGCCGAUGCAACGCGACGGGUAUGGGCAUGGUCGCCGGGACGGGGUAGUUCAUAGGCAAGGUCCCGCGGUCGGGCCAAGCCGCGGUGGGGGGCAGGGCCAUGGGGGAGGACAAGGCGCAGAGCAUGGACAGGAGGGGGCGCGUGAGGGGGAGGUUCGGGGGGUGCACGUGCAGGAGUAUCUGUCGUCGCGUUACCACCGCCGCACAGUGUCGCAGCCCAACUUCGACCUACUCUUCCCGCGACAACAGCAGCAACAGCAGCAGCAGCAGCAGCGACCGCGGGGGGUCGUUUCCAGCCCGCCGCACGAAGCGUCGCCGUUUUUGCGCCGCGCCACCACCUACACUACACCGUUUCCCGCCUCCGCGUCUGCUCCGCCCGCCCCUGCUGCCGCGGCUGCGGCGCUGGCAUCUGCGCUUGAGCGGGGCUCCCUUGCGCUGUCGCGCGCCCGCGAGCGCCUGCCUCCGCCGCUAAACCUUCCGCUUACACUCUCCGCCUCCUCGUACGUUCCGGCCUCCCCAGUGUCGUAUUCCCCCGCCGCCGUGUUGAAUGACGCACGGGAGGGGAGGGUCCUCAGCAGCAGUCACGACGGGCGUAUGGGUAUCAACAGCGGGGGCAGCAGCGGCGGCAGGGGAACGCCGUUCACCGCUGCGGCAGUGGCGGCUUUGGUGGCGCGGGAGGGCCUGGGCGGAACGUCGGCGGGCGGAAGCUGCGGCGGAAGCCCGCGAUCGUUGUCGCACGCGGUGGUAUCGCCGCAAAUGCAGCACGUGGCGGGGUCGCCCAAGUUCCAGGUGGCGUCGCCGCGAUUGCAGGGCGCCAUGCAGCGCCUGCUCAUGGCGCAACCCGACCUCACUCCGCGCCUCCCCGCCGAUGCUAUCACCUCCGCCGCCGCCGCCCCCGUGAGCGCCAGCGGGGGGGGCGGCGGUAGUGUGGCAGCGGACGCCGCGGCGCUCAGAACUGGGCGGUCGCCGUCGUAUCAAUUCUGGGAUCGCGCGGAAGGGGAGGCGAUCUUUGACAAAGGCUCUGGGGGACUUUUCAGCGGCAGGCGCAGGUCGGGCGGGCGCGGCGGAACCGGGGGGGGCGGAGGGGGCAGCAAUGCAGGCGGCGCAGGGACGUUGGUGGGCGCUUCUGAUGCGGAAGCUGAUAGGUUUCCGCGGCACAAUAGAUCGCACUCGCACUCUUAUUUGAGCCCCUUCCACAGCUCGCAACCAUCCCCUUCCCCGCUUUCCCCCAUCUCCGCCAAGCAUGACCGCCACUCCCCGCCGCCUCCCCGUAAUCGCCACAAGCGCGGGCCCUCGGAGGCUUCCGUGCUGCCCAUCUCCGCCACGUAUUUGCGCGCGACCCCGCCUACGCUCUCCCCCGUGGGGUUGGUUUCCCCCGUUGCCACAGGCGCGCACUUACGCCCCCGUUUCCUCUCGAGCGGGUCCUUCCCCUCCCCCGCCCUCUCCGCCACGGGCAUCGAGCUCUCCUUCCGCCGCACGCCCUCCCCCGUUCCUUCCCCCGCCUCCGCGACUUCCGCUCUCUCCGCCCCUCUCCGCUCUCCGCCGGGACUUUCGGCCAGCGGCGGAGCGGCAUCUGGCGGAUCUGGCGGAAGCCCCGCCGCGACCGCCGCGAGUUGCGGCGCACAGGCCUUUUUGAACAGGGACUUCUCGUUUGGGCGGCGGCCCGCGUCUGCUGGCGCGCGGACGAAUUUCCUAGAGAGGUUCGAAGCGGGGGGCGCAGGCGCAGGGGGGGUUGCAGGCGGGGGGGAAGCAGCAGUCGGGGGGGUAGGGGGAAGCGGUAGAGGGUGGGUGCCUGGACGAGUGAGCUCGGGGGCGGGGAAUGGGAGUCGGGGGAGGUGGAGUGAGAGCGAUGCAGGGUCGGAAGAAGCAGUGGGGGAGAGGGGGGGGAAGGGGGGGAGGACAGGGGGAAGCGACGGCACAAUGGGAUUAGGUAAUGGGGGAGUAGCAGGGGAGGAGAGAGGGGAAAGGGUUAAUGAGAAGCAAGCGAAGGGAGGGAAGAGUGAGGUUGGGAGGGCUAGUGCUGGCAGUGAUGGCAAUGGUGUUGGUGGGGGUGGCAGGGUGGUUGAUGGUGGGAGAGCAAUCGCAGGCCCUGCGGAGAGCAAUCGCAGCUCCAGUGGGAGUGAGAGGAUUGACGAGGACCAGGUGACGCACGAGGCGACACAAGGGAUGAGGGCAGGCGAGGAGUCAAGGGAGGCUGGUGGCAGGGGUGGGGGACACAGGGGCCACUCCCACUCCUGGUGGUUCUCCUCUUCCUCUUCCUCUUCCUCUAACGCCGCUGCAAGCAGCGCUGCUGCUGCCACCACCAGCAGCAGCGCCACCGGUAAGAACCAUCCCAGCAAUGGCAGCAGUAGCAGCAAGAGCAGCAGCAGCAGUGCGGCCGCUGGUAUCGGGUUGCAGGCAGCAGGUGGAUCCACAUCGGCAUCCGCGUCCCGCCCGCUGUCUCUCAGUGACAGGGCGCGCAAAUCCGCCCGGAGCCUGGACCUCCGACGACUCUGGGUGCCCCCGGGGGGGGAGGAGGCUGCGCAGGGGAGAGGGGAGGGGGCGCGGGGGGAGACGAGUGGGCAGAGUGUGCAGGAUGGGGAAGGGGAGAGGGGGGAAUCCAAGGAGGACAAGGAGGAGGGAGAGAAGAAGGGAGCAUCAGGAGCCGUUGGUUGCAGUAGCAGCAGCAGCAGCAGCAGCAGCAAGUCGGGGGGUUUGCUUCGUGUGUUUUCGGCUCGGGGCAGGUUUUCUCGCCGCUUUUCCCACAACAGCAUUGACUCCACGUGGUGGGACGGCCGUCAGCCCUCCGCUCCUCCCCCACUCACCACUGCCACAACUCCUGCUCCUGCACCUGCGUCUGCCUCUGCUAGUGCGUCGAGAGAACAUGGUGGUUCAGGAGAGAUGGGGAGAGGGCAGGAUAGCAGGAGCAAGGGCAGCAGCGGGACUGGCAGCGAGAGUGGGGUGGGGGGCGCCAAGGGUGCAGUGGGCGAGCGUGAGUCACCAGAGAUUGGGGCAGGUGCUGUGGCUGUUGUCGGGGAAGGCGGCUUGGCAGGUGCUGUGAGUGGCGAAGUGAUAAAUGGGGAGAGGGGGGGAGGGACAGGAGGUGUGGGUGGUACAGGGGCAUCGGGAUCCAGCACAGGCAGUCAGGGCAUAUCAGGGGCUGCUGUGGAGGCAGUGCAGCAAGACAGCAGCGCCAACGGACACAGUAGCACACAGCACCAGUCGCAGCAAGCACUGCAGGAACCGACGCAGCAGCAGCAGUCCGGGCAGCAGCAGAGUAAGGCUGACCCGGGAUCAAAAGCGCCCGGCACCACCACCACCACCACUGGCAGCACGGCUGGCACGAUCAACAACAGCAGCAGCACCGGCAGCAGCAGUGGCAGGGGCGGGCACCGCAGGGGGCGCAGCUGGGGCAACAUGCUGCGGGGGGGCGAGGAGGAGCGGGGGCUCCUUGGCCACGGGCUGACGGACCUGAAGCGGCGGUACGAGGUGGGCGAGCGCAUUGGUGAGGGCCGCUGCGGCGUGGUGGUGCGCGCUUGCGUGGAGCGGCGCACCCGGCAGCGGUUCGCGUGCAAGUCGAUCGCGAAGAGCACACUGGGGGACGCGAAGAAGGUGGAGGCGCUGCUGGUGGAGGUGCAGGUGAUGGCGCGCGUCAAGGGGCACCCCCACAUCGUGUCCCUGCAUGAGGCGCUGGAGGACGCCCAGGACGUGCAUCUGGUGAUGGAGAUGUGUGCGGGUGGCGACCUGCUGACGCACAUCAACAGUGCGCCACACAUCUCCGAGCGCCAGGCGGCGUGCGUGACGCACAGCAUCGCGAGUGCGGUGGCGCUGUGCCACAGGGAGGGCGUGUGCCACCGCGACCUCAAGCCCGAAAACGUGCUGCUGGCCACCAAGAACGGGCCGCUGGGGGACCUCAGGGUGGCUGACUUUGGCAUCUCCACCUUCGUGCAGCCGGGCCAGCGCAUGCGGGGCUAUGCGGGCAGCCCGUUCUACAUCGCCCCGGAAGUGCUGGAGGGGCGGUACGGACUGGAGGUGGACGUGUGGAGCCUGGGGGUGAUCCUGUACACGCUGCUGUCGCAGCGCCUGCCCUUCUGGCACAGCACGGACAUUGGGGUCUACCAGGCGAUCCUGCGCGGCGUGGUGGACACGCAGUCGGGCGCGUGGGUGCAUGUGAGCAAGGAGGCAGCGGAGCUGGUGCAGAGAAUGCUGUGCGUGGACGUGCAGGAGAGAAUCACUGUCCAAGGGGUGCUGGAGCACCCGUGGGUGCAGCGGCACGUGAACGACAGCACGCCCCUCCCCCAGCCUGCGCCGGACAUGCCCAACUGGAAGCUCAGCAAGCGCCGCCGCGCCAUCGCCCGCUCGCGCGCUCGCAUCACCCCCUCCUUUCGCCUGCCCUCCUGCCUCACCCCUGCCGCUGACAACCCCAUCGGCAGCACCAGCAGCGGCACCACCAGUGGCAGCGGCAGCAGAAGCAGCCAGCUGACGAAUACUCGGCAGGGCGACUAUUCCCCACGUGACAAUGCGGGGAGUGAUUACGAGGAGGAGGAGGAGGAAGCUGUGGUGAAUGGGUUCAUCCUCGCAGCACCCCCGGGGGCCUCCCCCACCGUGCCCCCGUCGCUGAAUAAGGGCGAGGAAUUCCCCCAGCUCUCCGCCGCCCCGCACAUGCAGCCCCUUGCCCUGCUCUCCCCGUCCCCCCUCCCUGCUGCGCCUGUGGGGAAGCGUAUGGGCGUGAGCGGGGCCGGAGGUGGAGGGGCAAGAGGGGAUAAUGUGGAGGGGGGCGGGGGGGAGGGGGAGAUGGUGAGUAUGCCGUCAUCCGUGCCCGCCCUGCUGCUCAGCUCUUCCCCCUCCAUGAGGCGACUUCCGCUAAAGUCCAAGGGGUCGCGCACGUAGGCACGGUAGCUGCCAGCAAGCACAGGCCGGGCGGACGCACUCGUUUGCUGCUGUGAAUCCAAUGCCCUGUUCAGUGCAGGGCGAGUGCUCCUCCUGCGAUGUGCUGUGGGUCAGGGCUAGGUAAGGCCAUGUAAGGCCAGAUUGGCAACCCCAGUGGUCCUCCCGGCCUGGGGUUGAGUUGAUUCACCUUCACAUGAGCACUUCUGCCAUGCCCAUCACCCCAUUGAAGGCCCUUUUCUCCUCCGUCGAAAGAAAUCAUCCAGCAUGUGAAUCUGCAGGCAUGGGGUUGAAUUGAAGUCUGCUGUAUUCCAUGGGACGGGACUGCAUUUGGGCCGCCCUAUGAAGAUGGUAGAGUAGUUUCGGCCAGGUAUCAGCCUUGUCUCAGCAGCACGCCCGUUAUCCAUCUGGGUGCUGUCAAACAUAUCUUUGCAUGUUGUUUUAGGCUACACAGGGUUGUGCCUUAGAGAGUACAACCCACUAGGUUAUUUUCCCUUGUAUGCCAUGGUUCUAUUCAUUCGCUAAC